GCCUAACCCUAAAUUAACUCCCUGGAUGGGACAGAGCUUCAAUGCGCAAGCUGUCUCUUCCAUGACCAGGGUGGUCCGACAUCCUGCGCUCGCGGUGCCACACUUGUCCUUGGCUAACAUCGGGCGGUUGGAUUUUGAGGGCCUGAAGGCAAUGGGCUGCAAGGGGGUCAUCUUCGAUAAGGACAACACGUUGACCGCUCCGUACGAGGACACCGUGCACCCCCUGGUAGAGGAAGGCCUGAAGCGGUGCAUGGAGGUCUUCGAGGGGAGCGUGUGCAUAAUGUCCAACUCGGCGGGAACGAGGGACGAUCCAGACUAUGUACACGCCAUCCGCAUCGAAACGGCACUGGGGAUUCCGGUCUUGAGGCACGACGAGAAGAAACCGGGAGGGAUAGCGGACGUUUUAGCGUUUUUCAAAGGGAAGGAUCCUGAGGGAGGAACUGUACGGCUGGACGAGCUGUGCUUUGUGGGCGACCGCCUCCUUACGGACGUGGUUUUCGGCAACCUGCACGGCAUGCUCACGGUGCACACCCAGCCGCUGACGCUCAAGGGGGACAACAGGCCAGCGGCUGUCUUCCGCUACUUGGAGCGGAAGGUGUUUAUGGGCUUUUUCCACCAGACUUGUUCGGUAGAGCCGCAAGCACAUCGCCUGUGCCCCGAGGGGGCGAGAGUCUUGGACCGAGAGGGGGGUACUGCCGCGGAACCCGAACCAACACCUGCUUUGAAUGAGAUGUAGCAAGCGUUUAAUCUCUUGGAAAAAUGCUACCGCUAUAGGAAGCCUCGGUUUCAGUAGCGGUCCCUCACGUUGGCUUGAGAUCGCUGGGCAUUGUUUUUUUCGCAUAUUUUCUCUUUUUUCUAGUGCUUUUAUGGCUCUGUACUUGCCCAUAUAUCCAUGUGUUGUGAUGUUUGUACAGUUUAUCGAAAGGGCGUGGUUGUUUUCAGAUGUGCUUGAGAUGUUUGAAUCUAUUUGUCGUCGCAAGAUGGAUUACGGCCCCGCUUUAAGGCACUGUUUUCGCGGGUGAUGUCAAACCAGCGGUUUGACGUUGCUUGGACGCCUGUAGUAGUUGUUUUGCCGCAACACACGUCUCGCCGCCUCUCCCAAGAGGAAAAGGGCACCAUUGAACCUGGUAUUCUGUGUAGGCGAGAUGUUUUGCGGUAUUGGAGGUCGUCAUGACAUGGGAAGCAAGAAAGGAUUCUUCAGUUGUAUGACCGGUAUUCAUACGGUAGGCCAUUGUUCAAGAGUUCCAAUGUAAACAGCAAAACAUUCCAUGUACA